CUCUCUCAUUUCCUGCCCGUGUUGUGAAAGUAAUUGCUAAUCUUCGUCUUCUUUUGUUUGUUGUUGUUCCGUCUUUAUCCUCAAGCAACCUAAUUCAUCAAGACCUACCCAACCGCCAAAAUGAAGGCCGCUCUCCUCCCCCUCGCCGCCAUGUUCGCCGUUGCCGCGGCCCAAACCACCUCCGUCUGCGCCGCCGCCUACAUUGUCGAGACCUGCCUCGGCACCGAGAACAGCAGGCUCGCCUUGUGCGGCCGUGAUGACUACGGCUGCAAGUGCGCGCAGUAUCCCAACAUCAUUGCCUGCUACAACAACUGCCCCAACGAUCCCCGCAAAGCAUCCGCCAUGGGCGACCGUGAUACCUGGUGUGCUCUUGACAAGCAAUACCCGUCCUCCACCAGCAAGGUCGCUGUCGCCACCACCAGCCUGAACACCGCUCCCGCUGCCGCUGCCACCACCGCUGCCACUACCGCCGUCUCUUCCAGCGGCAGCGACAACGAGAAUACUGGCGACGCCAACACUACCGCCACGGGCGCCGCGUCGAGCAACACCGCCUCCGCCCCUUCGACCUCCGCGACUGGCAACGCCGCUGGUGAGGUUCUUGUGAGCACCGGCGGCUUGCUGGCUGCUUUUGCUGGUGUCGUUGCUGCUGUGCUCUAA